UUCCAUGUCCAAGCUCACAAAUCUUUCCAUUCACGAAAAUCAUUUUAUUGGAGGAAUCCCACCUUUCAUUGGUAAUAUUUCCUCUUUGGUGACCUUAUCCAUGGCUGAUUGUUACCUUGGAGGCAACAUUCCAGAUUCCUUAGGCCGAUUGAGAAGCCUGCGUUUUCUUGGACUAGGAGGAAAUAAUCUUUUUGGUAAGAUUCCCCUAUCAAUCUAUAACCUUUCCAUGCUUUCUGCUUUCUCCCUAGCUGAUAAUCAACUUGAAGGAAAUCUUCCGAGGGAUAUAGGACUCGCCCUUCCUCAUCUAACACACUUUCAAAUAUGGGGAAACCAUUUUAGUGGGCAGGUGCCGGUAACAUUGUCCAAUGCUUCAAAACUUAAAACCGUAGAAGUGUCAGAAAAUAGCUUCUCUGGAAAAGUAACAGUUCCCUUUGGGCACCUACAAUAUCUUCAAAAGCUGGCUUUGUCUGAAAAUCAUCUAGGAAGUGGAGAAGCCGAUGAAAUGAAUUUUAUCACUUCUUUGGCCAACUGUAGCAAGUUGGAAUAUUUGGUACUUGAUGUGAAUCAGUUUCAAGGAAGAUUGCCAGAAUCUAUAGCCAAUCUCUCAAGUCAACUAAAGAUCAUUCUCUUUGGAUGGAAUAACCUCUUUGGAGACAUCCCUUCAGGGCUAGGGAAUCUCGUCAACUUAGAAUUAUUGAGGUUGAAUACCAAUCAAUUCACAGAAGUUGGUAAACUAAGAAACUUAGGUAGGCUAGAUGUAUCUGGCAACAGGUUGUCUGGAGAAAUCCCAAGUAGCCUAAGUGAUUGCGUCAGUCUAGAGACCCUUUACCUGGAUAGAAACCAUUUUCAAGGUAGCAUUCCUCAAUCUUUAAGCUCUUUAAGAGGAAUUCGAAAAUUUGGUCUUUCCUUCAAUAACUUAUCUGGCAAGAUCCCUCAAUACAUAGAAAAUCUCGCAUUGGAGUAUUUGAAUUUGUCUUUCAAUGACUUUGAAGGAGAGAUUCCAACAAAAGGUGUCUUUAAAAAUGCAAGUGCAGUGUUUGUUCAAGGAAAUACAAAACUUUGUGGGGGAAUUGUUGAACUUGGCCUGCCUACAUGUCGCAUCAAAGCAACAAAGAAAAGAGAACUGUCACAUGUGCAUAUAAUAACUAUAGUUAUCUCACUUCUGGGAGUGAUCAUUGUAUCUACCUUCCUACUUUGUUGGACUAAAAGAAAAAAAAGAAAGCAGUCUUCUGGAUUCUCCUUGGAAGAGCCUUUUACGCAACUUUCUUACCGAAGCCUCCUUAAAGCGACAAAUGGCUUUUCUUCAGCAAAUUUGAUCGGCAAGGGGAGUUUUGGUUCUGUCUAUAAAGGAGUUCUCGAAGAAGAUGGAACUAAUGUUGCAGUCAAAGUACUUGAUCUCCAGCAUCGAGGAGCUUCCAAGAGUUUCAUGGCAGAGUGUGAAGUCUUGAAGAACAUUCGUCAUCGAAACCUGGUAAAGAUAAUAACUUCCUGCUCAAGCAUCGAUUUUCAGGAAAACAAUUUCAAGGCUCUAGUUUAUGAGUUUAUGCCUAAUGGAAGCCUCGAGAACUGGCUGCAUUCAUCAGCUAAGGAAACAAAUGAUGGCCAAAGCAGAGUCCAGAGUCUAAGCUUGUUACAGAGGAUAAACAUUGCUAUUGAUGUUGCCUCUGCUCUUGACCAUCUUCAUUACAAUUGCUCAAAGCCAAUGGUUCAUUGUGAUUUAAAGCCAAGCAACGUUCUUCUAGACAAUGACAUGACUGCUCAUGUUGGGGAUUUUGGGCUCGCAAAGCUUAUUUCAGAAUCCAAAAUACCAAACCAAAGUAGCUCAAUUGGAGUGAGGGGAACAAUUGGAUACAUUGCUCCAGAGUAUGGCAUGGGAAGUGAGGUUUCAAUACAUGGGGAUCUAUACAGUUAUGGAAUCCUUGUGUUGGAGAUGAUUACAGGAAAGAGACCCACAGAUAGUCUCUUCGAAGAAGGUCUUAACCUUCAUACCUAUGCUAGAAUGGCCUUGCCAGAUCAAAUUACAGAGAUUGUAGACCCAAAGCUCGUACAAGAAGCUGAAGUAUCCAUUGUUAAUAGACAGAGGUCACGAAUUGACAUCAUAAUGGAUUGUCUAGCCUCAAUAAUCAAGAUUGGUGUGGCAUGUUCCAUGGAGUUGCCUCAAGAUCGUAUGCUCAUGAGUACUGUUGUCAAGGAUCUAGAUCUUAUCAAGAAGACUCUUGAACGUAACCAAGCAAACAACUAGCAUUGCUUCAAGUUGCACGUCCGUAUCACUUCCAAACCUUUUUAGCUAUGAAUCUAAGUAGAAAGUGUAUUGCUGUGUACUCAAUAGGUGUGAAGCUUUACUAGUGUGGUUGUAAUUUUCUGCUUUUUUUGGCUUUUUUUCUAUGCACUCUUUUGUUUCCGUUUCCUUUCUUCGUUUUGAACUGUGUUGACCUUUCCUUGUAUCGUAGAAAUGUUGUUUGGUCAUGCAAGCUUGUAAUUUCUCCAUUUUUAUCUUUGUUUGAAGAUGAGUCAUGACAUUCUGGUUUUCAAAAUAAAAAUGUUGGAUCUGA